AUACAGCAGAGGAGAGAAUCUAUUCACAUGCGCUGAGCACCCAGCCGGGAGAAGGCAGUUGGUUUCAGAGGCGUCAUCCAUCCAUCUGUCUAUUUACCUUUUUUCCCGCCCAAACAACUUUGCAAACAAACUACGUCCCUAGAACUACAAACAAGUGCCAGAAAGAAUGGUAUGAAUGGACAUGGAUAUGGCAACAAGCUGCAAAACCAUAGAGCUAUACUGAAAGAACUCAUACUUCAUUAGACCAGUCUGGAGAGUCCAGAAAUAGCUGUUUUCUUGCAAAAGAAUACUUCACAUUGAAGAAGGUCACUAUGCCAUCACUUCCUGCAGAGGCUGAAAUGAAUGCUCUCUCUUGCCCUCACAUCUCAGCCAGCUGCAUCCCCAAUGGAGGACUGGCAAAGGAAUCCAGCAGCACCCUUGACAAAGACUCAUGUAACAACAUGGAGAAGGAAAGGAAGUGGAUCAGGCCCGAUGUCCCAAGCAAAUGCAGCUGGGAGCUGGGAAAAUCUGCUGAAUCACCACAUCACCAUGUCACGUUAACAAAAACUCCACAUAUUAUGCCAAACAUCCUGAAGAAAAUCGGCGACACUCCAUUGGUGCGAAUCAACAAGAUUGGAAAGCAGUUUAAUCUUAAAUGUGAACUUUUGGCAAAAUGUGAGUUUUUCAAUGCUGGAGGUAGUGUGAAGGAUCGAAUUAGCCUACGUAUGGUUGAAGAUGCUGAAAGAGAUGGUAUUCUGAAACCUGGAGAUACUAUUAUUGAACCAACUUCAGGAAAUACAGGGAUUGGACUGGCCCUGGCAGCUGCAGUGAAAGGCUACCGCUGUAUAAUUGUGAUGCCAGAAAAAAUGAGCAUGGAGAAGGUGGAUGUCCUGCGUGCUCUGGGAGCUGAAAUUGUGAGGACGCCAACUAAUGCUAGGUUUGACUCUCCAGAAUCUCAUGUCGGGGUGGCAUGGAGACUGAAAAAUGAAAUCCCCAACUCUCACAUUCUGGAUCAGUAUCGCAAUGCCAGUAAUCCUCUGGCCCACUAUGACACAACAGCAGAGGAGAUCCUACAGCAGUGCGAAGGUAAUAUAGACAUGGUUGUAGCUGGAGCUGGCACAGGAGGCACCAUCACUGGCAUUGCCCGAAAACUAAAGGAGAAAUGCCCAGGAUGUAAAGUUAUAGGUGUUGAUCCUGAAGGAUCCAUCCUUGCAGAACCUGAAGGGCUGAAUGCAACAGACAAAACUGGUUAUGAAGUCGAAGGGAUUGGAUAUGAUUUUAUACCUACAGUUCUGGACAGAUCACUGGUGGAUAAAUGGUAUAAAUGCAAUGAUGAGGAAACAUUUGCCUUUGCACGCAUGUUAAUCAGAGAUGAAGGAUUGUUAUGUGGUGGCAGCUCUGGCAGUGCAAUGUCUGUGGCUGUGAAGGCUGCCCAACAACUGAAAGAAGGUCAGCGGUGUGUUGUCAUCCUCCCUGACUCUGUCAGAAACUACAUGUCCAAGUUUUUGAAUGACAAAUGGAUGACCCAAAAAGGGUUCAUGACAGAAGAGAAUGACAUCAUCAACAAACCUUGGUGGUGGCACUUGAAAGUUCAGGAACUUACCCUCUCUGCCCCUCUGACAGUACUACCAAGUGUCACUUGUGAAAAAACAAUUGAAAUACUCAAAGAGAAGGGUUUCGACCAGGUACCAGUUGUUGAUGAAUCAGGAGUGAUUUUGGGAAUGGUUACUCUUGGCAACAUGCUUUCUUCAGUGCUUGCGGGCAAAGUACAGCCAUCAGACCAAGUCAGUAAAGUAAUCUACAAGCAAUUCAAAAAGAUCCGUCUGCAGGACAACUUGGGAAAGCUGUCUCAUAUUUUGGAAAUAGACCACUUUGCUCUGGUGGUUCAUGAGCAGAUUCAAUCUGCUGUGGAGCAAGCUAAGACUGGUGCCUCAACACCUAAAACAACACUUUUUUUACAAGAUCACAGCAAUGGUGAAUCCAGUAAAAGGCAAAUGGUGUUUGGUGUUGUCACAGCAAUUGACUUGCUUAAUUUCGUGACUGCCCGAGAACAGCAGAAAAGGGCAAUCUAACUUCAAGAAUACUUUUAGUGGCAGUUUUUAAAGUGGGUUUUCACUGUAUUUUAAAGUGUCAUCCCCCUGCCCCCCCCCCCCCGGUACUUCCUUUUUUAUUAUAACAACCUGAACAUUUUUGUUUUGGUCUAAACAUAUAAACCAAAAGUCAUCAGCAGGAAAUAUUUGUUGCCGACGAGUCUCCACAGAUCUAAAUUCCAGGAUGCGAUGGACACCCUAACAUUUAAGGCACUUAACUUCAUGGUAGUGCUCAAGAUUGUUGAUAUUCAGUAAUAGGUUGCCAUUUUCACACAGCUGAGUAGGUGGAGAAAUGUUCAUUUAAUGGCUGGCGUGACCAGGUCAUCAAGGAAGGUAAUAGUAUCCUUAUGGGGACUUUUCUAAGCCACUGGUCCUACUGUUAUAUGGGCAGCCCACUUGGAAGCUCAUCCAACUCUGUAUUACAUUUCAUUGUUGUUAACAGCUAUGGAAGAGAGAUGGUCUUAAAUAUCUCAUUCAUCUUCUAAGUUCACAAAUGUCAUACCUACUGGAUAUGUUUUGUAUUACGGAUAUAUGAAAAUAUAUUUGUGUCCUAACAUGACUUUUAUGAGAAGGCACUCUUCAUGUUUUUCUGACAAAACUAUAAAGCUACUGUACAUGUGGAGUAAUGAAGUGGGCUCCAAAUAUAUUCUGUCUCCUUGAGAAUCUAAGUAAAGUCGUUGCAGGGACAAAUGUCUUAUCUGUCCAAUGGAUGUGUAUUUGGUUUUUCCAAACUCCAAAAUACUGAGUGGCUGUUCUUCUAGCUGACUUAACAUGAGUUUAAUAGACUUCCUCAUCAUUUUAACCAAAUUAUGAAGAAAUAGAGAGACAACGACAGAAUUUGUGUUAAACAGGGAAACGGAAGAGUUUUCACCAGUAAAUCAGCAAGCUGGUUCACCCAAGAUCUCCUCCCUUCACUUACUUUGUAUCAAAAUUGUGCACUCUGUAUUUUCUACACAUUGGAUAUCAGACUUGCAUCAUCAUUAAUCAACACUAUUUUUUCCUUUGCUUUGUAUUAUAUGCACUGUUAAAUAUAAUGUAAAGAACUUGGAUUUGUAUUAACCUAUUGUGGGCUAAUUUGGAUAGCAGAAUUUUCUAGAAUUAUAUUUGUAUUCUGAAAGGGUUCAUUUUGUUGCAGCAGCAACAAGUCCUUUGGCACCUGAAAGAUUUAACAGUUUUUGUUUGGCAUAAGAUUUUUCUUCUUAUAUACAUGUAUCUAAAUAAAGAAAUGAAUGAUAACUAGCAGAAGAAUGUCUGUAUAUUUUGUUCUGUGAAGACCAAAUCAUAUUUCCUGAAUUGUAAUGCAAAUCUUUAAAGAGUUAAUUAUGAUUUUUAAUUCAGAUGUUUAUAUGUCUAUAUUCUUUAAGCACUCUCCAUAAUUAUCAACUCACUAUAUUUUGACAUGGAUGAAUGGCUAAAACGUUUCUUUAAAAAUAUUUGGUUAUACAUUUCUUUAGACUUAAGGGGAGAUAGUGAAAAUGCCAAGCAAUUUAACUCUUUAUUUACACAAGUUAAUCUGCCAAUCUGAAUUAAUGUUAUUUUUCUUCUAUGGCUUCAUGCAACUUCUACUGGAAGCUUUUAAGAAUCAUGUUACUGAUAUCACUUAUUUCAAUGUCUGCACUACUUGCAUUCUGUGUCAGAAGUAGAGAUGGAAAGGCCUAGAAAACCCCCUAAAAAAUGGGGAAAACAGGUUUUUUUCUGGUUUUUUCCAAAGCAUUUUUCUCUGGAAAAAUUGAAAAAAAAGUGUAUAGAAACAAAAAGUCUCAGAAAUCUUAGGGUCUUCAUGUUAUAUAGUUUGAAUACUAUAUCAUAGAUAUAGUAUUUAUCAUUGGAAAAUAACAUAUUCCACACACUUUUCAGUUUUUCCAGAGAAAAUGGCUUUGGAAAAAUGAGAGAGAGAAAACUGUUUUUUUCCCAAUUUUUUUCUAGACCUUCCCACUAAGGUCAGAUGUCCUUCCUUGCCACAGUUAAUUGUAUAGAAGCUCAUUAAACAGGAUACAAUUAUGAUUUUAAAAUGUAUGAGAUCUACCACUAGAUACCAUCUUGAUGUUAUAUCAGGUUUGUUCCUUUUGUAGCGGACAAAUUUAGCCCCAGGGAUCUUGUUCUGAGCAUUGGUACUUCAGGCUCUCCAGGAUUGUGGAAAGGAAACCUAAUAGCUCUAUUCUUGUGUCAUCGUUAUUUCAAAUUCUGUAUGAAGAGCUAAAUAAAACGCUAUUUCUGACAAACUGGACAA